AUGUGGGUCCAUGUCGCAGACAAGUUACGUCACGUUGCAGGGAAGAAGAUGGCGGACUCGGAGAUGUGUGUGAGGUAGCUAAAUGAAAGACAACUUAUGUCUAUUUUGACCAUUAUAGCCAUCAAAUUUAUAAGUAAAGUUUAAGAUGUGCAUUCAUUUAGAAAUUGUGCUUAAAUUUAUACAGCAAUGUGAAAGCUUCCCUUGGAAGGAAAUAGUUGCUAGCAGUAGCAAGCUGCUAGCUAGUUAGCAUAAACUACAUUUGAAUGGCAGGAUAGCGCGGUCUGCUACAGAGUUCCAAACGCAUGACAACAGCAGCAUGCAUCAGCGAGACGUGAACUUGCUAGUUAGCUUAGUUAGCGUACAACUGGCAUUUGUCUGGGAAUACAUGCACUUUCAGACAUGAAUUCGUAAUGAAAAAAAUUUCGUUGAUAAUGUAGCUAGAUAACUAACUCAACAUAUAAUGUUGAUUUUUGCGUAUUAUGCUGUCUGGUACAGCUAAUUAGCUUGCUAGCUAGUCAGCUGUAGGGAGUUGACAGCUGGUUCACAAUAACAAACAUCCUAGCACACUUGUUAUUAGUUAGCUUUGCUCUAACUGUGACCAAUCACUGCACUUUUAUGAAGCUAAGUUUGAAUAUUUUUAUUUUAUUUAACCUUUAUUUAACUAGGCAAGUCAGUUAAGAACAUUCUUAUUUACAUUGACGGCCUACCAAAAGGCAAAAGGCCUCCUACGGGGGCUGGGAUUGAAAAUAUAGGACAAAACACACAUCAUGACAAGAGAGACAACAAUACAUAAUGAGAGACUUAAGGCAGCAACAUAGCAUGGCAGCAACACAUGACAACACAGCAUGGUAGCAACAUAAAAUUUCAAUCAAAUUGUAUUUAUAAAGCCCUUUUUACAUCAGCAGUUGUCACAAAGUGCUAUACAGAAACCCAGCCUAAAACCCCAAACAGCAAGCAAUGCAGAUGUAGAAGCACUGUGGCUAGGAAAAACUCCCUCGAAAGGUAGAAACCUAGAGAGGAACCAAGCUCUGAGGGGUGGCCAGUCCCAUUCUGGCUGUGUCGGGUGGAGAUUAUAACAGUACAUGACCAUUAAGGCCAGAUUUUUCUCCCAAGCAGACCAUUCCAUAAAAAUUGAGCUCUCUAGGAGAAAGCCCUGCCAAAUCGGAGAGAUGGGUAGGAGCAAGCCCAUGUAAUGCUUUGUAGGUUAGCAAUAAAACCUUGAAAUCAGCCCUUAACAGGAAGAGGCUAGCACUGGAGUAAUAUGAUCAAAUUGUUUGGUUCUAGUCAAGAUUCUAGUAGCUGUGUUUAGCACUAACUGACGUUUAUUUAGUGCUUUAUCUGGGUAGCCGGAGAGUAGAGCAUUGCAGUAGUCUAAUCUAGAAGUGACAAAAGCAUGGAUUAGCUUUUCUGCAUAAUUUUUUGACAAAAAGUUUCUGAUUUUUGCAAUGUUACGAAGAUGGAAAAAAGUGGUCCUUGAAAAUUCUUAAUAUGUUCGUCAAGCGAGAUCAGGGUCCAGAGUUACGCCGAGGUCCUUCGCAGUUUAUUUUGAGACGACUGUACAACCAUCAAGAUUAAUUGUCAGAUCCAACAGAAGAUCUUUGUUUCUUGGGACCUAGAACUAGCAUCUCUGUUUUGUCCGAGUUUAAAAGUAAAAAAUGUGCCGCCAUCCACUUCCUUAUGUCUGAAACACAUGCUUCCAGGGUAGGCAAUUUGACAACAACAUGGUAGCAACACAACAUGGCAGCAGCACAACAUGGUAGUGACACAAAACAUGGUACAAACAUGAUUAGGCACAGACAACAGCACAAAGGGCAAGAAGGUAGAGACAACAAUACAUCACGGGGAGCGGCCACAACUGUCAGUAAGAGUGUCCUUGAUUGUCUUUGAAUGAAGAGAUGGAGAUAAAACUGUCCAGUUUGAGUGUUUUUUGCAGCUCGUUCCAGUCGCUAGCUGCAGCAAACUUAAUAGCUAUGUGUAACUUAAACCAUAUUUGCCAUUAUGCCACUAAAGCCAUAACUCAGAUUUGAACAGUUAACUGGGUUUAACCACCUGAAAAGUACUAGCUAUGGAAUUGUUCUGCUUUUGCAGGAGCAGCCGAGAGUUAUGGACUAUCUUACUGGGGAGAUCUGCAUUGAGGGAACCGGUAUGUAAACUUUUGCCUUUUUAUUUCCUCACCUAUCAUAUAUAUAUAUAUAUAUAUAUAUAUAUAUAAUUCAACAAAGUCUUACCAUGUUUGCCACUGUGUGCUUUCUUUUCUCCAAUAUUACAUCAAUCCUUGAUGGAUGAAGGCUCAAAUAGAGGAAGAACUAGACCGAAAUUGGGAACGAUUACUUCAAGGACUGUGUUACUACAAAGCACCCAGGUAUGCUGUGCAAGAAUCAAGCUAUUUAAACGGCAGGUAGCUUAGUGGUUAAGAGCGUUGUGCCAGUAACCGAAAGGUCGCUGGUUCUAAUCCCCGAGCCAACUAGGUGAAAAAUCUGUCGAUGUGCCCUUGAGCAAGGCACUUAACCCUAAUUGCUCCUGUAAGUCGCUCUGGAUAAGAGCGUCUCCUAAAUGACUAAAAUGUAAAUGUAAAAUGAAAUGCUUAAUCUUGUCAUAGACCAAAUUAUGUUUGACAUUUUUCCUUGUUUUAGUUCAUCAUCGGCGGGAAAACUGAAAGCGGACAAAGAUGUAGCCCAACCAUUGAAGGACUUUGGUCUGAGGAUCAGUAAACUGCUGGUAAGGAAUGCUGAAAUGAUCUGACAGGAUAGUGAAUGAAGUCUGAUAUGCUGAUACUGUAUAGUGUAAUGAUGCAUGGAGAAAACAAGUAUUAUCUUGAAUACUGUAUAGUGUAAUGAUACAUGGAGACACAACAGGUAUUAACUUGAAUACAGUGUAGUGUAAUGAUGCAUGCAGAAAACAGGUAUUAUCUUGAAUACAGUAUAUGAACAGGGUAUGAUUAACAAUUGUUUGUUUUGAUUCUUUUUAUAAAUGCACUCUUCUUUUUUCAGGGUCUGGAUCAACAACAGAGUGUACAGAUUUUGCAAUGUUACCUACAAGAAGAUUAUAGAGGGACCCGCAACACACUGAAGGUAGUUUCUAUGGUGAUAAUAGGUUCAGAAAAAAUAGCAUAUGCCUGACUGUGAAGGAAAUCUGAACUACUGAAUAUUGAUGUCAGUCUAGACAUGUAUACCUUGACUAGACAUAUCUUAUCUGCCCUCAGGUUGUUCUUCAGGAUGAGAGACAGAGCCAAGCCCUACUUCUGAAGGUUAAUACAAGCUCCCAAAAGCUAUCUAAGUUUGCUGGUAUUCUAUUUCACCAGCUCAUAAAGCAUAAUCAAAUCAAAUUUUAUUGGUCACAUGCGCCGAAUACAACAGGUGCAGACAUUACAGUGAAAUGCUUACUUACAGCCCUUAACCAACAGUGCAUUUAUUUUUAACAAAAAAAAAAGUACAAAUAAAACAACAACAAAAAAAAUCAGGUCAAUUGAUAGGCAUACACUGAUUCUUUGAGUGUGUGUGUGUUCAGAUUGCUGACUAUUACUACGAGGAGCGUGUGUGUCAUCUGCGAUGCGUCCUCCUCCUGCUGACAUACUUCCAGGAUGAGAGACACCCUUACAGGGUAAGGAGCUCGCUUCUGUCUGCUAGGACUAUACAGAUGGGUCUAUUGUGUGGGUGGGGGGGUGGGGGGUGGGGGGUCAGGCUGAUAAGCUUAUUUGUGUUAAUGCUAUGCUAAUACAGUACAAGCCAAUGUUCCUGAUUGGCUAGUAGUAGCUAUGAUGUUUUACAGUAUAUCUAACACAUUGUAAACUGUGUUUACAUUUAUUGUUACCAAUUAUGGGAAACAACAGUGAAGCAUACAAUGGUACAGUUUGGUACAAUUUGUAAGGUUACAAAAAAAACCCAUGACAACUUUUAAUCAAUUGAGGUUGUUUUGAUUGCUUUGAGUGCAGGCGGAGUACUCCAACUGUGUGAACAAGCUGGAGAAGGACCUGGUCAACAUCUACCAGAAGCAGUUUGAGACUCUGUUCAAAGCUGAAUCCCCGACAUGGGAGACACACGGCAACCUCAUGGUUAGAACUAAAUUCUUUACUACCUUAAUCCAAGUUAUACAUUGAGUUUGGGAUCUGAUUGACUCCUCAGUGCUUGAAGUCAAUAUGGGUAUCUCAAACUCUCUAUAAGUUCUUAUCCUACUGUUUACAACAUUAUCUUGUGGAAAUGUUUCCACCUAUUUAAACCAGAUGUUGUGACUUUUAUCUCCAGGAAAUCAUAUAGGUUUUUAUCAAUUGUUAUAUAUUGAAUCAUAUUUAUAUUAUGUGCACGUUUCUCUCUCUGGUCAGACUGAGAGGCAGGUGUCCCGCUGGUUCCUGCAGUGUCUGAGGGAGCAGUCCCUGCUGCUGGAGAUCCUGUUCCUGUACUACGCCUACUUUGAGAUGGGCCCCGGAGACCUGCUCAACUUCACCAAGAUGUUCAAGGAGCAGGGCUUCGGCCUCCGCCAGACCAACAGACACCUGGUAGACAAGAGCAUGGACGCCCUGGUCGACCGCAUCGGGUCAGUCACAGCACUAAUACACUGGAGUGGAUGGAAAUAUUCCUAGCUAGCUACUUCUUGUUGGCAUCUAUAUUGAUCUGGGGUUAGGGACAUUACCUAAAGUUUAGAAGAUUGCAAGCUACCUUUUUCCUCUAGCAAUUAAUUUGUAAACAGAAUGGCAGAGCACUAACGAAUGCACUGUACUGGAUGGAAAUAUACAUAGCCAGCUAGCUACUUCCUAAUGGCAUCUUUAUUGGUCAGACAGAUUUAAGUAGGUUACAGUUUCAGGAUAAUGGCUACAUUUGUUGCUUUGGCUUGGGCAAGGGAUUCAGCUUGAAGUACAAUUAUAUUUUCUGAAGGUAUUUCCACUUGUUAAUGUAUCUCUCCUUCUGUCUUACAGGUACUUCAGCUGUCUGAUCCUGGUGGAAGGCAUGGACAUAGACUUCCUCCACAAGUGUGCCCUGGAGGACCGCACGGAGCAGCACCAGUUCUCUAACACCCCUGCCAUCAGCAAGGUAAACACUGAGUACCUUUACAUGUACCCCCCAUGUGUGUGCUGUUGGAAUUGGCAUGUAUACACUCCUGUUUUGUUAUCAAGUAAUCAGAAUGAGAUGGUUCAAAUUGAAAUGUUGUUCUGAAAAGUAGUAGUUUUGAUGAUCAGUUCGAUGGGGGAAUACUUUGCAAUUUAUCCAUAAGUGACACUCAUUAUUGCGAACUUUGUCACCCACCAGGAGAUGGACCAGAUGCUGCUGACGUUUGGUGACAUCCCCCACCACGGGCCGGUGCUGCUGGCCUGGGUCCUGCUGAGACACACCCUGAGCCCAGAUGAGUCCAGCCCCGUCAUCCGACGCAUCGGGAACACCUCCCUACAGCUGGGGGUGUUCCAGUACCUCACCACCAUGCUGCAGGGCCUGGGAGGCACGGGGAAUAAUGUAAGAACUCACACAUUAGAACAAAAACACACACACUAUAAUACUAUAAUAUAUAUAUACACACACACAAAACGCUCACCUAGCACAGGACAGCACACACAAAAACACAUAUUUUACAUACGCAUACAGCACAACCUGCAAUAAUUAUACUUAAACAACACACAAUGUUCCAGAAAUAUGUUGUUUUCAUUUGACCAUGUUAUGUUUCCUCCUUCCACAGUGCACAGCCAGUACAGCCAGGAUGUGUAUCUACGGCCUCCUCUCCUUUGUAAUUACCUCCUUUGAAGAGGAGACGCUGGGCAGCCAACAGGUACCAGGCCUCAGACAAGUAACGAUAAUGACGAGUUGUAGCAGGCUGAUCAGUGAUGUCACAGAUUCAUGACUUGAGAAAUCUGCAUAGAUUCACAUUCCUAAUGAUGCUGAUAAAUAAUAUCACAGCUUAACGAUUGAAUGGUACUUUCCCCCCCAUAGCAUCUGAUCAAUGCAGCAUGUGAAGUCCUCUCUGCUCCCAGUCUGGCUGAGCUCUUCUGGGAGACGGUGAGGAGAAAUUAAUAAAACCACUUCUGCUUCAUGAAGGUUGUGAAAUCACUCCAAGAAUAUGUCUCUAGCUAAAUUCCCUAAUAUAUGGCUUUUUGAAUGCUUUUCCCAGAAGCCCACUAUGGGAUUGGGAAUGAUCCUGGAUAGCGCUAUGGGAAUGUUCCCACACAAGACUGGUCUGCUGUUGCAGCUCCUCACCGCGCUCCUGUCCGACAAGUCCACCGCAAAGAAGGUAUUAAUCACACACACACACACACACCUUUCUGCUGGUCUGUGGUUACACUUGAUUAAUGUGUCUGUGUGUUAGGUGUACAUUUUCCUGGACAAGAUGUCGUUCUACACCGAGGUCUACAAAACGAAGCCCAAUGACAUCAUCUCAAGAGACGACGAGACACUGUGGAGGAGACAAGCACCAAAACUCCUCUACCCUCUCGGUGUGUGUUUAGGCUGCUUGUGUGUGUUAGUCUGUUUCUUCUAAUGGGUGCGCAUUAGUAUUUUUGUAAUGUUAUAGUCUUUAAGUAAUUAAUUGUCUUUCAUUACGUUUCUUCAAAUAUUUGUGAUUGAAAUCUUAUGGUCUGUUCCUUGUCUCCUCUCCCUCUGUGUGUGUGUGUGUCAGGCCUGGGCCAGACUAACCUGCGGAUUCCUCAGGGUGUGCUGGGUCAGGUGGCUGUGGGGGAGCAAGGCUACAUGGUGCGCUGGGACUACUCCUACAGCGCCUGGGUCCUGUUCACCUGUGAGAUAGAGAUGCUGCUUCACGUUGUCUCUACUGCAGGUAACUAGAGAAAUACAGGCACAUUUACGUACUUACACAGGUGAAGUCAUACUGUAUACCCAAAUGCAUCCUCAAACAUACAGUACAGACACACACUCAAAUAAUUCCUUUAUCAGCAGAGAUCCUUUAAUACAAGAGAGCUUUUGUUUCAGAGCAUGUGUAUAUAUAUGUGUGUGUGUGAUUCUCUCCCUGGUCCAGACGUGAUCUUACACUGUGAGCGUGUGAAGCCCAUCCUGGACCUGGUCCAUAAGAUGAUCAGCACAGACUGGACCGUGUCUGACUGUCUGCUGCCACUCACCUCACGCAUCUACAUGUUACUGCAGAGGUGAGACGCUACACACAUCUCACUGUCAUGGACAGUAAUCAUAUAUUUCACAUGGAAUAAUGAUAAGCUUGUUUGGGCUCUCUGCAAGGUUGAUUUGUAAGUAUUUUGUAUUUGUUGGAACUUUGUAUUCAUGGAUUAUUUGAGAAUAUUGUGUUGUCUUUCUUUGAGUUAGGUUGACGUCAGUCAUCAACCCUCCAGUGGAUGUGAUAGCGUCCUGUGCGAACUGCCUCAUCGUCCUGGCUGCUAGGAUGCCUGGCAAGGUGGGUUACAGAUGGUCUUCUAGAGCAGGGUUUCCCAAACUUGGUCCUGGGGCUCCCCCUGGGUGCACGUUUUGGUUUUUGCCCUAGAACUACACAGCUGAUUCAAAUAAUCAAAGCUUGAUGAAGAGUUGGUUAUUUGAAUCAGCUGUGUAGUGCUAGUUCAAAAAACAAAAAGUGCACCCAGGAGGAGCCCCAGGACCAAGUUUGGGAAACCCUGCUCUGAGGGGCCUCACAGCUCCAACAGACUUAAAGGCCCGAUGCAGUCAAAACUUGAUUUUCCUGUGUUUUAUAUAUAUUUCCACACUAUGAGGUUGGAAUAAUACUAUGAAAUUGUGAAAAUGAUGAUAUUGCCCCUUUUGUCUAAGAGCUGUUUGUAAAGACCACCUGAAAUGUCAGCCUGUUUUGGUGGGAUGGAGUUUUGGUCUUGCCUGGUGAUAUCACUAGGUGGUACAUUAGUUAAUAGACCAAUAAGAAAGAGUUCCAAACCUCUCUGCCAAUAACAGCUGUUUUCAGUUUUCCCCUCCCAACUCAGACCACUCCCAGACAGUCCUAGCAAAAUUAUUGUUUGAGAAAUUGCCCUUUACUAAGAAGCUAUUUUUAUUUCUCUUUGACCAUUUUAAUUGAAAACGGUCACAGGUACUUAAUUGUUUGAUAUUGAGGUAAAAAUGGACCUUUAACGUUCAUUAAUGUGUGUGUAUUCUUAUGCCCCUCUUCUUUCUGAGUAGGUUUGGUCCAGCUUGCACCACACUGGUUUCCUGCCCUUUGCCGCCUCCCCUCUGACCGACAUGGCACAGUCCAUCAGGUGGGUUGAGUCACGCCAUAUCAUAUUCACGGGUGAGGGGUGGAGGUUUGGGGUUUCACCACAAUCAUAGUUAAUAUAUGUAUUUGUAUAUAUCCAGUGCUGAGGGGAUGAAGGCAGGUAACUAUGGCAACCUGCUGGUCCUGAUAGAGCAGCCCAAAGGGGAGUACGCUGUGACCAUCGCCUUCCUGCGCCUCGUCACCACCCUGGUCAAGGUAUCUCUAUUCUAUUAACACUGUAGUAAUGGCUCAUCAACCCCAAAGAAACCAGCUUACACCUAUCCCAUCUCAAUGUCUUUCUUUUACAUGGGGCGUUUCAAGUAAAUCUGUUUUUAAAGGGGAAAGAUAAAAUAAGCAUACAUACAGACAAGACAAAAACAGAUAUACAUUAUCAUAACACUUAUCCAUGUCUCAAAAUCCACAAAGGCCUAGUGUUUAGGGGCUAGGAGUUUAUUUGGCAUUGAGCGACUGACUAUCAGUAGUUGUACUGACUGUGUGUCCCUCCUGCCCUCAGGGCCAGCUGGGCAGCACCCAGGACAAGGGCCUCAUCCCCUGUGUGCUGCUGGUGCUGAAGGAGAUGCUGCCCACCUACCACAAGUGGCGCUACAACACCCAUGGAGUCCGAGAGAGGAUCGGUGAGUGCACUCUCUUCCCGUUAUAGUGCACUACUUUUGACCAGGGCCCACAGUUGAGUGUGGCCUUAGCCAUAUUGAAAGGGCUGGCUACAGAAACUACUGUCAGACUGAAAAACAUUCUGAAUCCUCUUUCUCACUACUUUCUUUCCCCUCCUCCUCCUCCUCCUCUUCUUCCUCUUCAGGUUGUCUGAUCCUGGAGUUGGUCCAUGCCAUCCUGAACCUCAGUCCAGAAGGGGAGGCUAGUGGCAGGUAGGGCUGCUGUGCAUAUCAAAACCACAUUCCUUAUUCUACCUAAACAGACAUUACCUUACUAAGAAACAAAAUGCUCGUCCGCCUGAAUUGCUGGUAUUGAAUUUGGGACUGAGUAAAACGCACGUCUGAUUAGUGAGUUACAGACUGCCAGGAUGGAGCCUAACCCCAUAGUAUUAGUAUCAAACAGAAAAGUAUUCGUAUCAUAUUUUAACCUCCAUCACUGUUCCCUCUGUCUCACUCUCUCUCUCCCCCAGCACGCCAACCCUCCAGUCUCUGUGUAUCUACAGUCUGGCUAACACCGAGGCAGGCCAGGCGGUGGUCAACAUCAUGGGGGUGGGAGUGGACACCAUAGAUGUGGUCCUGGCUGCUCAGCCUAGCAGGUAACACACCACUCUCACGUUGUCUACAGCUGACCACACACUCUGCUCACACAAGUGGUGUUUGUAUCAUAGUGUCUCAGGACGGGAGACACGUUGAGAACAUUGCAUGCAGAUAGAAAAGCAGUGUAUAGAGUUGCCACAGCUUUCUUUUUUUAAAGUGUGGGGCGGUCCCCCUCAAGUAUUUUUUUUUGUUUAUUGGAUAGGACAGGAAUACAGAGGAAAGAUGGAGAGUGCUGCAGUGGUAUAUGUGCUUUGGAGGUUGCAGCUUAGACCGCUUGACCACCCUAGGCCACUUACAAUGAAUUCUGUUUAUGUAACAUUUUUUUUGGUAUUUUCUAUUGUUUUGGAAUUGGAAACAGAUGAUUUCCAUGUUAAUUGAAACUUUUCUGUGUCUCCCUCUAGUGGUGGCACGGAGGGCCCGGGUCAGAUCCUCAUCCAGACGGUCAAGCUGGCCUUCUCCGUCACCAACAACGUGAUCCGCCUCAAGCCACCGUCGGACGCCGUGUCGCCCCUGGAGCAGGCGCUAACACAGCACGGUGGCCACGGCAGCAACCUAAUCGCCGUGCUUGCCAAGUACAUCUACCACAAACACGACCCGGCCCUGCCGCGCCUCGCCAUCCAGCUGCUCAAGAGGCUCGCCACGGUAACUCAACACACAUUGCACAUACCAUCAGAGCAAUCAAGUAAGGUAGUGAAAAUCCCAACAUAGUACUACAGCAUCAUAAGUUACUUGCCACAUUCUCUGUUGGAUAGUGUUUAGAGGUUUGCGAGCAAAAAACAAUCAAUCAAAUGAAUUGAGCCUUUUUUUUACGUCACCAGUUGUUACAGGGCUUAAAAAUAGAGGGCAAGCGAAGACAGUGAGACACUGUUGAAGCAAAUGUCCCCAUUUCUGUUGACAAGACUACAGUACUAGUCUAUCAAGAUCUUGUGUAAUAUUUACAUGACCUGCUGGUUUCCAGGUGGCUCCCAUGUCAGUGUACGCCUGCCUGGGAGGUGACGCGGCGGCCAUCAGGGAUGCCUUCCUGACACGGCUACAGAGCAGGACGGAGGACAUGAGGAUCAAGGUGAUGAUCCUGGAGUUCCUCACCGUGGCCGUGGAGACCCAGCCAGGGCCUCAUCGAGCUCUUCCUCAACUUGGAGGUCAAGGACGGCGCAGAGGGGUCAAAGGUGAGAGCUGUGCGGUGCAGGCAGUCUAGGCAUAGGACAGGAACAUGUCAGGACUUAGACAUGUUUACAGACUUUGUGUGUUGAUGUUUAAUACUUAUAGUUAAGUUUUAUUUUUUGAGAUUCUGAAUCUUUAUACCAGAUUAAUUCCUCUCUUCCCAGACUCAGUUCAGUAAAGACACGUUUUUUUUUUCUCUCUCUCUUUCCCCUUCCUCCCAGGAGUUUCUGCUGGGUGAGUGGAGCUGUCUGCAGGUUGUGUUGGACCUGAUCGACUCCAGGCAGCAGGGGAAGUACUGGUGUCCCGCCCUGCUGCACCGUGCCGCCCUAGCCUUCCUCCACGCCCUGUGGCAGGACCGACGGGAUAGCGCAAUCUCUGUCCUACGCACCAAGUGAGUGAGCUAUGACACUGCCUGGGCGCACACACACACACAGCCUGAGAUACACGCUUCAACACACACGCACCCAUGCACGUGCACACACACACCAACAUGAGAGAUUAUGCCGUAACAUUGGUUUUUAUGUGUUUCAAGUGAUUUCAUGUAACACCUCACGGCACAACACCUCUCCCCCUUGUUACCUACUUUUGGUGUGCAUGUAUUGACGUAUGUGUAAUACAUGUUCUUGUUUUUAAAUGUAUGUAACUUGUUAAAUCUUUUGUCUGUAAUGUCUUUUACAUUAUCUGUCGGACCCCAGUAAGACUAGUUGUCGCCAUGGGCAUCCUAAUAAAAUCAAAAUGUAUUAAAUCUAUGAUGUUUCCUCCCACAGAGAGAAGUUUUGGGAAAACCUGACCACACCUCUGUUUGGAACCCUCCCCUCCCCCUCAGACAUCACGGAGCCUUGUGUUCUGGAGACCUGUGCCUUUGUCAUGAAAAUCAUCGGCCUUGAGAUCUACUAUGUGGUCAGGUAACUAGGCUACAUGUUUCUAUAGCUACAUACAGCAAUUCAAGGCAGUAUAUUUGGUGGAUUGAGUUGUUACUGGUAUCAGUGGCUUCAUCUACCAAAUUGCACAUGAUAUGUGUCAACCUGUCUGUAUCUACCUGGUCUCAGAGCAUUCCGUAUGUAAAUCCGGGACAGUCCAUUUAAUAUGUUACGUUUCGUAUGGCAUGUAUUAAUUUGUUGAUGUCCAUCAUCAAUUUUGUAUGAUAUGUUACGAAUUUGCAAAACGUGCAAUAUGGGGGCGUUCAUAAAUUCACUCUGGCUAUCUACUCCGAUUUCAGAGCACACUCGUCUGAGCGUGCCAGAGCGCAGAAUAACUGAUGAAUUUGCGAAUGCGCAACACCCAUUGAAUAUGACAGGUGUCAGUAAACGUCUGCAAUAAAACCUAAUUCAAUUGUUGCCAGCAGCACAGUUAGUCACCAACGCUCUAGAUAACAUGAAAACAGCCUAACCAGCUCUGCUAGGGCGACUAAAAUGGUCAGUGAGGUGUUCUCUCAUUUGUGUCUGGAAGUAGCUAGCAAGCUAGCCAACUUUAGCCAGUUAGCUUGGGUGCUUGACUGCUGUUGUGAGGUCAGAGCGCUCGGAUUAACCCUACUCCUCGGCCAGAGCUUCCAGUGUGCGCUCAGAACGCUCUGAAUUUACGAAUUUACGGACAAUCUCACAGCAUGUCAUACAGUGGGGAAAAAAUGUAUUUAGUCAGCCACCAAUUGUGCAAGUUCUCCCACUUAAAAAGAUGAGAGGCCUGUAAUUUUCAUCAUAGGUACACGUCAACUAUGACAGACAAAAUGAGAAAAAAAAAUCCAGAAAAUCACAUUGUAGGAUUUUUAAUGAAUUUAUUUGCAAAUUAUGGUGGAAAAUAAGUAUUUGGUCAAUAACAAAAGUUUCUCAAUACUUCUGUUAUAUACCCUUUGUUGGCAAUGACACAGGUCAAACGUUUUCUGUAAGUCUUCACAAGGUUUUCACACACUGUUGCUGGUAUUUUGGCCCAUUCCUCCAUGCAGAUCUCCUCUAGAGCAGUGAUGUUUUGUGGCUGUCGCUGGGCAACACGGACUUUCAACUCCCUCCAAAGAUUUUCUAUGGGGUUGAGAUCUGGAGACUGGCUAGGCCACUCCAGGACCUUGAAAUGCUUCUUACGAAGCCACUCCUUCGUUGCCCGGGCGGUGUGUUUGGGAUCAUUGUCAUGCUGAAAGACCCAGCCACGUUUCAUCUUCAAUGCCCUUGCUGAUGGAAGGAGGUUUUCACUCAAAAUCUCACGAUACAUGGCCCCAUUCAUUCUUUCCUUUACACGGAUCAGUCGUCCUGGUCCCUUUGCAGAAAAACAGCCCCAAAGCAUGAAGUUUCCACCCCCAUGCUUCACAGUAGGUAUGGUGUUCUUUGGAUGCAGCUCAGCAUUCUUUGUCCUCCAAACAUGACGAGUUGAGUUUUUACCAAAAAGUUAUAUUUUGGUUUCAUCUGACCGUAUGACAUUCUCCCAAUCCUCUUCUGGAUCAUCCAAAUGCACUCUAGCAAACUUCAGACGGGCCUGGACAUGUACUGGCUUAAGCAAGGGGACGCGUGUGGCACUGCAGGAUUUGAGUCCCUGGCGGCUUAGUGUGUUACUGAUGGUAGGCUUUGUUACUUUGGUCCCAGCUCUCUGCAGGUCAUUCACUAGGUCCCCCCGUGUGGUUCUUGUGAUCAUUUUGACCCCACGGGGUGAGAUCUUGCGUGGAGCCCCAGAUCGAGGGAGAUUAUCAGUGGUCUUGUAUGUCUUCCAUUUCCUAAUAAUUGCUCCCACAGUUGAUUUCUUCAAACCAAGCUGCUUACCUAUUGCAGAUUCAGUCUUCCCAGCCUGGUGCAGGUCUACAAUUUUGUUUCUGGUGUCCUUUGACAGCUCUUUGGUCUUGGCCAUAGUGGAGUUUGGAGUGUGACUGUUUGAGGUUGUGGACAGGUGUCUUUUAUACUGAUAACAAGUUCAAACAGGUGCCAUUAAUACAGGUAACGAGUGGAGGACAGAGGAGCCUCUUAAAGAAGUUACAGGUCUGUGAGAGCCAGAAAUCGCUUGUUUGUAGGUGACCAAAUACUUAUUUUCCACCAUAAUUUGCAAAUAAAUUCAUAAAAAAUCCUACAAUGUGAUUUUCUGGAUUUUUUUUUUUCUCAAUUUGUCUGUCAUAGUUGACGUGUACCUAUGAUGAAAAUUACAGGCCUCUCUCAUCUUUUUAAGUGGGAGAACUUGCACAAUUGGUGGCUGACUAAAUACUUUUUCCCCCACUGUAUUUUCUGUAUGUAAUGCCGCGACACACCAUUUAGUAUGCAGUGUUACGUUUCGUAUGGUAUGUAUUAAUUUGUGGAUGUUCAUCAUCCAUUUUGCAUGACAUGUUAUGAAUUACAAUUCGUGUGAUAUGUUAGGAAUUUGAAAAAUGUUCAAUAUGUUACAAUUCGCUAAACGUACAAUAUGUUAUGAAUUACAAUUUGUUGUUGCUAAUGUUGGCUAGGUGGCCUUAAGUAACCUUCUGUCUUAUGUAACCAUAACUAACAUAUCAUACUAAUUUGAGUGUCCCAGAUUUCCAUUUACUAUGUUACGUCUAGUCUAUGAGACCAGGCUGGUGUGAAUUGAUGGUGCGAAAUGCUAAACAAAUUCCUGUGAAAAUAAAUUAAUAAAAUAGACAUUGAGAUAUGAAAUAAACUAGUCUAAAUGAGAUGGACUUGAGGUGAAACUUUUGAAAUGUAUUGGAUAGAUCAGACACGAUUCCCUAUUCUACCUGACGGACAUUCAUAUAUGUUCGACACAGUAUAUUUCUAUCUGAUUGACCCUCUCUUUUCCCCAGUGGCUCUCUGGAGCGGUCUCUGAAGGAUGCGCUGCAGAAGUUCUCCAGCGGGCGGCGCUACGAGUACUGGUCCCAGUAUGUUAAAUCCCUGGUGGUCCACGUGGCAGAGACGGAGGAGGAGGGCGUGCACUCGUUCUCCGAGACCCAGAUGGUCAUCUCAGCCUGGCGCAUGCUGAUCAUCCUCUCUACCAGUCAUGUAUGUCACACCACUCCACUUGUCACUGUGGCGUUUAAAAGUUCAGUAGAAUUCUGUCACAUAUGACAGAGGAAGUCGUCCUAUGAAUUCCAUGAUGAGUACAUGCAUAAACAAUACCCCAUAAAUAUAAAAAAUAAUGUUUUUACAAACUAUGCUGAUAGAGCAGUGUGGUUGAUUGGUUGCAGUGUGACUGGUUGGUUGAUUCAUUGAUGUGUUCUGUUGUCUACAGUCGGAUGUGAUGCAGUUAAAGGAGGACUCUGCCAGACUUAAGCUCUUCAUGGACGUGCUGGAUGGAACCAAAGCUGCUGUGAGUUAGUCACCAUGACACCCAUGACAACUGCUCUAUCCUCUUCUCACUCACUAGCUUUCACCUCCCCUUCUCUCUCGCUCUCUCCUCUCGCUCUAGUUGCUGGUGCCCAUGUCUGUGCCCUGUCUACGUCUGGGAUCCAUGAUGGCUACUCUUCUGCUGAUCCUGCUUAAACAGUGGAGAAGGUUUGUGUGUGCACAUGCGUGGAUUAAUGUACAUUGUGUCCACACGUUGAAAUAUCAGGAUACUGAAAAUCAUCUCAAAUAUGUUAUUCUAAUUCAGUGAGUUAGUACAUUGGUUGUUAAUAAUCAAUCUCUUUCUGUACAUCUAACACCUUCCUUCUCUUUUUCCCAUCAUCCUCCUGUCUUUCCCCAUCCUGUUUACCCCUGCAGUGUGGUGGCCACGGCCCCUGACGUACUGGCCCCCCUCUCUCUGAUCCUGGAGAGUGUCCUGCAGGCUGACCAGCAGCUGAUGGAGAGGACCAAGGCCAAGGUGUUCUCUGCCCUCCUCUCUGCACUGCAGAUACAGGGACUCAACGGUGAGGGGGACUAACCGCUGUCUAUGCAAUUCAAUAUUAGGAAGGUGUUCUUAAUGUUUUGUGCAAUCAGUUUACAUGACUCGUCCAGUACUCUAAGAGUAUUGCUCAUUACAUUUAUCAGGUGGGGAGAUCUCCCAGCUGCCCCAGCUGCUGCUGUGUGUGUGUGAGACGGUGCAGGACGAGGCGCUGGCACUGAUUGACAGCACUCGUCACACGGCUCAGGUGAGGGACAUCCCGGAGGACAAAGACAGCAUGGAGACUGACGCCGUCCGCAGCGUCCAGAAGGACCAGAGAGACGGGGUAAGUCAAACAAGGCCGCCAUUUUAGAAUGAGAAAAACUUUAUUAUCUAUGCAAUGUGGAAAUGCCUCUUCAGCUUCACCACAUAGAAACAGACAUUAAGCAACACCAGAAUAAUUGUACUCUUUUAAACGCACACAGUGCUUAACUGUUGCUCCAAGUGUUUUGAAAAAGGGCAUACCCAACCAAAUGGUGAGAUGCAAUGAAUUACCUCUGCAUGUGCUGAAUAAAUUCUAAUCUUUGAUCUCGGUCAUGGCAGUUCAGCAGUCAGAAUGAUCUACAUUACAUGUCUGUGGUGGAUCGUCUCUAGCUUUGGUUUAUGUAAAGCAAGUUUUAAUCAGAAGUUUUGAUUUAAAGAGAUUUGCAUUUAUUCUUGGUAAUUAAUUCCCUAUAUUUAACUCAAAUUUGACUAAGUGAUCAGGCUGUUCAUAUUCUCAGUACCCCCCCCCCCCCCCCCGCAAUCUCUCUCGCUCAUCAUCUCGCGCUCUUCAUCUCUCUCGCUUUCUCUCUCGCUCUUCAUCUCUCUCUCUCCCUCCAUCUUGCUCUCUUCAUCUCUCUCUCCCUCCAUCUCGCUCUCUUCAUCUCUCUCUCGCUCUUCAUCUCUCUCUCCCGCUCUUCAUCUCUCUCUCUCGCUCUUCAUCUCUCUCAGGUGUGUGUGCUGGCGUUACACCUGGCCAAGGAGCUGUGUCGUGCCGACGAGGAUGGGGAACACUGGGUUCUAGUGAUGAGGAAGAUUCCUGCUCUCCACUCUGUUCUCAGCGCUCUAGAACUCAGCCUGCGCUCCAAACAGAACCUCUACUUCACCGAGGCUGCCCUGCACCUGCUGCUCACACUGGCCCGCACACCACAGGUACACACACACACAGGUACACACACACACAGGUACAGACACGUACACACACACACACACAGGUACACGUACACACAGGUACAUAGGUACACACACGUGUACACACACACACUACUACAAUGUUACCAUAUACAUUACUAAGACUAAUGCAAAAACAAAAAUACUUAAAUGCUAUAUCAACCACAUUAGUAAUAAAGGAUAUAUGUUGUUGUGUGUCCUGUCCUCCAGGGUGCAGCAGCAGUAGCUGGGGCCGGAGUCAUCCAGAGUAUCUGUCUCCCUCUGCUCAGUGUCUACGAAGUGCCCUCUAACGGAGCCUCACAGGUAACACACAAGCACAACAUGGCUGUGUCUCAAAUCGCACCCUGUUCCCUAUAUAAUACACUCCUUUUUAACAGGGCUUAUAUGUCUGGUCAAAAGUAGUGCACUAUAUAGGGAUAGUGUGCCAUUUGGAACGCAUCCUAAACCGAUCAUUAAUUGACACUGCAAUGAAGAAAUGUUGUAGUGUUAUUAUAACAUUAGUCUCUCUCUCACUAUAACGUUAGUCUCUCUCUGGGUAUUACUAUAACGUUAGUCUCUCUCUCACUAUAACGUUAGUCUCUCUCUCUCUCACUAUAACGUUAGUCUCUCUCUGGGUGUUACUAUAACGUUAGUCUCUCUCACUAACGUUAGUCUCUCUCUCACUAUAACGUUAGUCUCUCUCUCACAAACGUUAGUCCUCCUCUGGUGUUACUAUAACGUUAGUCUCUCCUCUCACUAAACGUUAGUCCUCUCUCGGGUGUACUAUAACGUUAGUCUCUCUCACUAACGAGUCUCUCCUCACUAUAACGUUAGUCUCUCUCUUUACUAUAACGUAGUCUCCUCUCUCACUAUAACGUUAGUCUCUCCCUUUCUCACUAUAACGUUAGUCUCUCUCUCACUAUAACGUUAGUCUCUCUCUCUGGGUGUUACUAUAACGUUAGUCUCUCUCUCACUAUAACGUUAGUCGCUCUCUCUGGGUGUUACUAUAACGUUUGUCUCUCUCACUAUAAUGUUAGUCUCUCUCUCACUAUAACGUUAGUCGCUCUCUCUGGGUGUUACUAUAACGUUUGUCUCUCUCACUAUAACGUUAGUCUCUCUCUCACUAUAACGUUAGUCUCUCUCUCACUAUAACUUUACGUUUCUCUCUCUCUCACUAUAACGUUAGUCUCUCUCUCUCUGGGUGUUACUAUAACGUUAGUCUCUCUGUCACUAUAACGUUAGUCUCUCUCUCACUAUAACGUUAGUGUCUCUCUCUCUCUCUCACUAACGUUAGUGUCUCUUUCUCACUAUAACGUUAGUGUCUCUCUCUCUCACUAUAAUGUUAGUCUCUUACUCUCACUAUAACGUCUAUCACUAUAACGUUAGUCUCUCUCUCACUAUAACGUUAGUCUCUCUCUCACUAUAACGUUAGUCUCUCUCUCUCUCACUAUAACGUUAGUCUCUCUCUCACUAUAACGUUAGUCUCUCUCUCUCACUAUAACGUUAGUCUCUCUCUGGGUGUUACUAUAACGUUAGUCUCUCUCUCACUAUAACGUUAGUCUCUCUCUCACUAUAACGUUAGUCUCUCUCAUUAUAACGUUAGUCCCUCUCUCACUAUAACGUUAGUCUCUCUCUCACUAUAACGUUAGUCUCUCUCUCUCUCUCUCACUAUAACGUUAGUCUCUCUCUCACUAUAACGUUAGUCUCUCUCUCACUAUAACGUUAGUCUCUUCUCGCUCACUAUAACGUUAGUCUCUCUCUCGCUCACUAUAACGUUAGUCUCUCUCUCUCUCUCACUAUAACGUUAGUGUCUCUCUCUCUCUCUCUCACUAUAACGUUAGUGUCUCUCUCUCUCUCUCUCACUAUAACGUUAGUGUCUCUCUCUCUCACUAUAAAGUUAAUUUCUCUCUCACUAUGUUAGUCUCUUACUCUCACUAUAACGUCUCUCACUAUAACGUUAGUCUCUCUCUCACUAUAACGUUAGUCCCUCUCUCACUAUAACGUUAGUCCCUUUCUCUCUCUCUCACUAUAACGUUAGUCUCUCUCUCACUAUAAUGUUAGUCUCUUGCUCUCACUAUAAUGUUAGUCUCUCUCUCAGGGUGUUACUAUAACGUUUGUAUCUCUCUCACUAUAACAUUAGUCUCUCUCUCACUAUAACGUUAGUCCCUCUCUCACUAUAACGUUAGUCUCUCUCUCUCUCUCUCUCUCACUAUAACGUUAGUCUCUCUCUCACUAUAAUGUUAGUCUCUUGCUCUCACUAUAAUGUUAGUCUCUCUCUCUGGGUGUUACUAUAACGUUAGUCUCUCUCACUAUAACGUUAGUCUCUCUCACUAUAACGUUAGUCUCUCUCUCACUAUAACGUUAGUCACUCUCUCACUAUAACGUUAGUCUCUCUCUCACUAUAAUGUUAGUCUCUCUGUCACUAUAACGUUAGUCUCUCUCUCACUAUAACGUUAGUCUCUCAUCUCCCUGGUCAGGGUUUCUCCCGUAAGUCCCAGGAUGCUCCCUGCUGGCCGGGGGUGUACCGCCUCUCUAUGUCCCUCAUGGAGAUCUUGCUCAAGACGCUGCGCUACAACUUUAUCAACGAGGCCCUCGACUUUGUCGGAGUGCACCAGGAACGCAUACUGCAGGUGUGUGUGUGUGCGUGCGUUCCUGUCUGUCCUUGCGUGAAUAGUCAUCUGUGUGUGUACACCAUCUCUGUUCCUUUCUGAACAUGGAACCUAAAGUCUAUUUUUCUGUUUCUUUCAGUGCCUGAAUGCGGUGCGGACGGUCCAGAGUCUGGUGUGUCUGGACGAGGCUGACCACACAGUGGGCUUCCUGCUGCAGCUGUCCAGCUUCUGUAAGGAGUGGCAGUUCCACCUGCCCCAGCUGCUCCGAGACAUACAGGUCAGUCAGCACGUGUACACUUCAUCUGUAAUAGUGAGUGAAAUGUCCUUUUUUAUAAUUUGAGAUAGUGUUUCUUUUUCCCCAAAGUAUAUAUUUUUUAGCUUACAGCAAUAAAGAAAUACUCAAAUUUUUAUUUUUUGUCUACCUGCAGAUCAAUCUGUGUUACCUGUGUCAGACGUGCACCUACCUCCUCCACAGCAGGAACAUGCUUCAUCACUACCUCCAGGUAAGACAGACAGACAUUACCAUGGUGUUACUGGGAUUAUAAAAUAUAAUUUGUUAUCCCUGGUUGAAUUAAAGUAAUGUCCAAAGAACUGUCAUUAUUUCCAUUUAUUUUACCGGACGUCUGUCAUUGUCCCCCCAGGCUAAGAAUGGGGAGGCGCUGCCCUCCGGCCCCCGUGCCCAGAGAGAUCCUCAGACCCCCUCCAAAGCUGCAACCGAAGGAGGGGGUGGGGAGAGGGAGGAGGCUGAGCAGAAGGCCCUGCUGGCGGUGCAGUGCAGCCUGCUGAAGAUCCUCAGUAAGACUCUGGCCACGCUGCAGCACUUCACCCCCGACUGCUGCCAGAUACUAUUGGACCAGGUGAGAAUAACACACUUUGUCUCUAAAAACUCUCUCUGCACUGUUUGAACCGUGACUCCUAUCAUAACCACAACCCUUACCAAACACUCACAUCCUGCACGAUCAGCCUCUACAUAGUUUCCAUACAUCUAUAGAAUGUGUUUGAACUGCCUUUUAGUGUUUAAAUGUGUUAGCGUAUGUUCACUCACUAUUGAAGUGAGUUCACUGACUGAGAUUGUGUAUGUGAUAGUGUAUGGACCUGGCUGAGUACAGGACCCUGUUUGUGCUGAGCUUCACCACCCCGGCCUUUGACUCUGACGUGGCGCCCUCUUUCGGAACCCUGCUAGCCACCAUCAGCGUGGCGCUAAGCAUGCUGGGAGAGGUUGUCCCCCCCCCCCAUGAUUUCAAAUCAAUUUCAGUUCCAUUAGUUAUUUCCAAGUCAAUAAGCUUUGCUGACAUUGAAAGUAUCUUUCUUGUAAAAUGAGGAAAUAUAAAUUGUACUGUACAUUUCUGUGUUCUGUCCAUAUUUAGGUGGAGAAGAAGGAGCCAGCCUCUCUGAGUGUGGCCUCCCUGGCUUCGUCAGAGGAAACCCAAGCCCUCAAGUAAGGAGACCGAGAGAAACUGAAACAUAGUUGCUGGUAAUAUUGGUCAUUUCUAACUCGUAUGUGUGACUGUCCUUCCAGGUCUCUGCUGAUGUUCACCAUGGAGAACUGUUUCUACGUGCUCAUCUCCCAGGCUGUCCGCUGUCUGAAGGACCCCAGCAUCGCCCCCAGAGACAAACAGAGACUCAAACAGGAGCUCGGCUCUGAACUGGUGAGUCAUUCAAACUUGCAGCAUCAUUAAAGUACCACCAGACUAGUUUUCUUUGUCCUAUUCUGCCAUUCCAGUCUAUUCUGUUCUCAGUGUCAUGAAGUGUCCUCAUGUUUCUAGUAGCCUUAAAUUGCAAUUCAUACUUUUUUAAAAUGCUGUUUUAAUACAUUGCAUGAUGAGGUUGAUGAUUGAACAUGUGAUGCCUGUCUCUCCCCUCCAGAGCACCCUCCUCUCCAGCCUGUCCCGUCACUUCCGCCGUGGCUCCCCCUCGUCCCCGGCCAGCAGCCUGCUGCCCUCCCCCCAGACCAAGACCACCACCCCAGGCUUCAAGGCCACCCACGAGGGUCAGGAGCCUUUCAUCCAGCUGGUGCAGGCCUUUGUACGCCACAUACAGAGAUAGACCCACCACAUGGAGUGUAAGACUGGGGCCAGGAGGUUUUCCUGAUAAGAAAUUAUUGGUCAGAAAAACUCUUGGCACACAUGGCUAUCAUAUUCUGCUCACACUGAGGUUGACUAUACCAAUACUGACACAGCACCUUUACCAUUUGCUUUGGGUGAAGAUUCUGCAUACUUGUAGCACAGAUGUUUUCUUCUGAAUUAUUAUUUUCACGGUGCAACAGUUUCGGUUCAUUCUCUUCAAUUUGAAGCGAUGUUAGUCAAGCCAGUCACUAUUAUAAUCUGCUGUUCGACUUCUAGUCAUUUGGGUCGAUUCUAAGCCAGGGUACUGUAACAUCGGUCUUUGUGCCAAAGCCAUUUGGGUGUUCAGAAAAUGCUCCCAUACACAUUAGUUGUAUCUCCAAUUUGUCACGCUUGAGCUUAUAGCCUACUAUACCUCAGUGGCAAUGUCAAGAGGAAAACAGCUGCUUACAAGGGCCAGCUAAAAACAAAAGUCCAUUCUGAGAUACUGCAGACAAUUACCUUUAAGGGAAUCAUUAGUAACAUAUCUUGGUGCUGUUGAACAUCAGUCUUGUUGACUGUGUCCAGUCUUUCCACUGGCCUAGUUUUAUAGGCCAUUUCUGACAACAGUUGAGCAGACCUUUUGGUAUUGAAAAAUCAACCCAGUAUAUAUCAAAUUGUGAAGCCACAUUUAAUGAACUUGUCUACAGCUUGCCUAAAUGAGCUGCCUAGUUACUUUGUAUGGAUCCGCUGUUUUCUACAUAAUUUUGUGACUUUUAUAACGCUUGGACUAGGAUGUUUUCGUCUUUUAAAAAUAUGUGCUGUGAAGUUAUUUGCAUCUGCUUGGAUUUUCUGACAUUUGUGCGUCAAGUACCGAUAAAUUACAAAUGCUGUGGUCAUACAUUAAAAGGAACUGCCAAGAUUUGUAAAAAAAAAAAUGUUUAUAAUAAAGGUUAAGUAGAAC